CAUGGAAGAGGCAGAGGAAGGAAGAGAAGACGGUGUCAAACGAGGAGAGAGAGGCAGAGGAUUGGUGCUUCAUCUGCAAAGAUGGUGGAGACCUCAUGCUAUGUGACUACAAGGACUGUGUAAAAGUUUAUCAUCCUGGAUGUGUUGGCAAAAAGAAAUCCUUCAUUGAUACUGGAAAGCACUGGACUUGUAGGAGGCAUUCUUGUUCAUUGUGCCUUGAUACCCCAAGGUUUUGCUGCUAUUGUUGUCCAAAUUCAGUAUGUCAACAUUGCAUAAGCGGUUCCGAGUUUACAGUGGUUAGAGGGAAGCAAGGCUUUUGCAAGUCCUGUUUGAAGCUUGUGUUACUUGCAGAAGAAAACUCAGAAUACGGUUUAGAUGGGGAAAAAAUAGACUUUAAGGAUCGGGAUACUUUUGAAUGCCUAUUCAAAGAAUAUUGGGAAAUCAUAAAAGGAAAGGAAGGUUUGAGUUUGGAUGAUGUCUAUUCUGCAGAUGUUGAUUCAAUAAAAAUUGGUGAGACUGAAGAAGAUAUUGACCUGACAACAUCUAAUAGUGUCGCUGAUAGUACAGAACUUCAGAGGUCGAUGGUAAAAAGGAAGGCGCCAAAGGAACAAGAAUAUCUCGGAUGGGGAUCGAAACCUCUCAUUGAGUUCCUCAGAUCCAUUGGUAAAGAUACAACUAAACAGUUAUCACAGUAUGAUUUGGACUCUAUCAUCUUUGCUUACAUCAGAGAUAGAAACCUAUUUCACCCUGAAAAGAAGAGAAAGGUUCUAUGUGAUGAUAAGCUGUAUUCAAUUUUCAGAAAGAAGUCACUAGAUAGGAUGAAAAUAUAUGGUCUUUUGGGGGCACAUAUUAGUGACAACUUGGUAUUAUGGGAUGAGAAUACAAGUGAGGAUGAAGAUGAAAGUAAAUUGGAAGACAAGAAGAAAGAUACAGUGAUAGUAGGGAAGAAGGGAACAGUAAGCUCAGAUAUAACAUCUCUUGAAAAUGAAGUGAGUCCUAGCGUCCGACAAAGUUGUUUUGCAUCUUUAGUGACCGAUAAUAUCAAGCUUGUCUACUUAAGAAGGAGCUUACUGGAGGAGUUGCUGAAGCAGCCUGAAAAUUCUGAAAGCAAGAUUCAAGGAAGUUUUGUGAGAGUGAAAAAUGACCCCAGAGACUACCUUCAGAGAAAUUCUCACCAACUUUUACAAGUUGAAGGCAUAAGGAAAAUCUCAAAUAUUAAUGAAACGAACGGUGAAAUUCUCCUGCAAGUUUCCAAUAUUCCAAGUGAUAUUCCCAUUUUUAUGCUGUCAGAUGUUGACUUCACUGAGGAUGAAUGUGAGGAUUUGCGACAAAAUGUGACAAAUGGCAUGCUGAGGAAACCUACAGUUGUUGAGCUUGAACAGAAGGCAAGAGAUCUCCAUGAGGACAUAACUAAGCAUCGGAUUGAGCGAGAGUUGGUCAGGUUACAGAAGUGCAUUGAUCGGGCAAAUGAGAAAGGAUGGAGAAGAGAGUUAUGCGAAUAUUUGGACCAAAGAGAGCUGCUAAAGCAGCCGUCUGAACAGGCUCGACUAUUAAAACAGGUGCCAAAGGUCAUUGCAGAGGUUUUAGAGGAUGAAUCUGGUUCCGUAGACUCCAUAGAAGUCGAUAAGCAAGGAAAUCUGGAAUAGUAGAAAUCUAAGAUUCAUUUGACA